UUCUUGCCCCUUUCUUCCGUUGUCAUAUACUUAACAGUCAUGACUAUGAUUUUAACACAGCUGAGGAAAUGUAUUUAUUAUCUUUUGAUUCUUGCACAAAGCCUGAUAUGAAUCCUUCAUUUCCUUGCUUGCCUUUUAACCUUUGCAUUGUCCUGUCAAAGGAUUAAGACUUCACUUAGCUGUGUGAAAUUCCCAACUACUGCAAGGAGAAAUUGCCAUCCUCAUUUGAGGUGGCCCCAAAAGCUGACAUUGUGUAACCUCUCUAUCUAGGUCCAGAUUACACUCUUUCGUGGCUGGCUGCCAAAUUCUUCAGUGGAACAUACAGCUACAGCUCAGAAAAGGAAACUCCUUCACUCUUUAACUUCUUUGUGGCGUUGUCCUGUUUGGCUGCGCCGUGCGUUUGGGAGUUGGUUUGCGGUUGUGCAAAGCUGGUGCAGCAGAAGGUGUGAUCACAGAAGGGUUAACAUCGCUUCCGCCUUCAGCGCUACCCAGGCACUUGUUAAUCAUGUUGGUGCCUUGCAGUACAGUUUGUUCUUUCCGGUGUAACCAGCAGCAAAGCAGGGUCCCAUCAAAAAGAAGAAAUACAGGUUCCCACUGCAGCCUUGCAUAGCAUAGGAAUUUCCAGCUUGUGCAAAUCAGCUCCGAGAUUGAAAGAAGUGAGACAUAUAAAGCUGGAAAUGUCUGUGUAUUUUAUCAGACGGUACCUUUCAGAAUGCAAUAGGAUUGUCCACCUGUCUGGAGAAACCUUUAAAUAUCCUGGAAUAUGGUGGAAGCAGUACUGAUAGAUCUGUUCAGCCUCCCAGCCAACCUGCAGAACAACAUCCACGGAUUACUACACAACACUCUGGAAGCUAUUGAGAAAUGCUCUUCCAUCCAUCCUCCGUUUGUUUAUGUCAUGUGUUGCCACAGGCAGGGGAGUGAAAGGAAAGGUGAACAAGAGUUCUUGCUUGCAGCUCUAAGAGGUUUUCAGAGUCUGAAGAGAGGACUGGAGGUGGUAUGUGCUCAGACUACAGUUGCUGCUUUGUACACUGUCAAACAGAGACUGGAUGAAAAAGACCUGAGCAUCAUUAAAGUUAUUCUUCCUACCUUAAGAAAAGACUUAAUGAAAGUAUAUAUAGACCAUCUCUUUACAGCAGUCUACCAGUUUGAAUUUGAGGAUUUACAGGUGGUACCUGACAGUGAAAGCCUGCAGAUAUCAGAACAUCAGCAUGAAGGGCAAACGCUUCCUUCACAGGAUGUGGCACUCAUCCAAAGUGAGAUUCAGAUGUACUUGGAAAGCCUGCCAAGCCUGAAAGGAGAGCUCACCAUCCUCAGAUCUUCCCUGAUCCCAGAUGAUAUUUUCUUACAUGGGUUCACCACAAGGACAGGUGGGAUCUCCUACAUACCAACUCUAAGCUCCUGCAAUCUCUUCAGCAGCUCCAAGCGGAGGGACCCACAAGUUGUUGUUAAAGAAAAUCUCCGCCGGCUAGCUAACGCUGCAGGAUUUAACCCAGAGGCUUUUCACAGGGUCAAGGUAGAUCAUGCUAAUGCUGUGUGUAUUAUGGGAAAGACAGAGCCUGACAACUAUGAUGGAAUAGUUACGGAUCGGAAGGGUGUCACGCUGGCAGCUCCAGGUGCUGACUGCAUUCCCGUGCUGUUUGCUGAUCCUGUCAGAAGAACCUGCGGUGCUGCUCAUUCUGGAUGGAAGGGCACAUUGUUAGGAGUGUCUAUGGCCACAGUGAAUGCUAUGGUAUCUGAAUAUGGCUGUAACAUGAAAGAUAUCCUUGUGGUGCUGGGCCCAUCUGUGGGACCUUGCUGCUAUAAACUUCCUCAUGAAUCAGCAAAAGAGUUCCACAGAAUUGAUCCAAAAUGUGUGAGACAGUUUGACUCUGCAAGUCCUUAUAUUGAUAUCAGAAGAGCAACAAGGAUUCUUCUUGAGAGAGGUGGAAUUCUUCCCGAGAACAUCCAAGAUGAUUCUAUCACAGACCAGAAGCAAAACAUCACUUUCUGUACUGCAUGCCACCCUGAUAAAUUUUACUCUCACUUUCGUGAUGGCACUAACUUUGGGACACAGAUUGGCUUCAUAUCAAUCAAAGACUGAGACAGUAUCUCUUACUCCAGAACAGCAUUUAGAUAAUAAGUCUGCUGCAUUGUCUGGCAUCCUGCUCUCAUCAUAGAAGUUUUUCCUCCUUUCUUUCAGACUUGUAGUAGGGAAUCCAUGGGUCUUGAAAUUCUCCUGCUUGUUCCUUCCCUUGCCCUUCUGAGGCAAGAAUAAGUACCUGUGGUAUGGGGACAACAGUUCUUGUGUGAGAGGGUGCAAAGGAAACAAGGACAACCCACACCAGUGGCAAAAUCCAUCUACAAGAUCCAGAUACAAGCUCCAAGUUUAUGGAUCCUCCUUGACCAAAUAUUUUCCAGAAACCUCGCUAUCUUAAGGGGAUGGAAGCCCAAAAAAAUGCCAGUCUUCAUUAGCUUCUGGUUGAGAUUGCUGAAUGACACUAAGUAUGACAUUGCUAAUACAGGAAGGGAAGCCAAUAUUGCAUGUUAUCAACUUUGAUAGUUGCAGCUGAAGCCUUACAAAAUUUUGUGCAUGAGAUUAAUUUUCUUCUUUGGAUUAGUUUUAAAGAACUCCAAAAUAUUUACAGGAAUUUUCCUAUGGAAAAUAACUUGAAAGUGAGAAGCAAGCAGGCUCCUUUGGGGCAGACAUUGAAAAUAUAUGAACUCUCACCAUUCUGUAAUUUUUGGUUGGAGGAAAAGUAGGACUAAAACCCUUAAUUUAUGAUGUGUAUAUUGAUGUCUCCUUAGGAUUUUUUUUUUCUUUAAAUAGUGGUGCAUUGAUAAAGUCAUUGACACAGUCUCAACAAUGCCAAGUUAUGCAAUAAAUAUCUAAAAAGUUA